AUGCACUCCUCCACUGCUUCUGCUGCUGCUCGCGCGACAUUUAAGACCUCACAAGCCGCGGCUUCGAGACUGCCAUCAUUGUCCCUCUCUCUUCGCUUCCCACCUUCGUCAACUCCAGCUCCACUUGUGCAGUUGAGAAACAGUUCGCAGCUUAACUCCUCUAAAGCUGCAACUCCACCUUCAACGUCGACUCCAACAUCAACAUCUACUCACUUGCGCUCAUUUACCUCCACAACAGCACCUUCAGCGACCAUGACCAACAGUCAGGCUCUCAGUGGCUCGGCGCCGCUUGCCAACAUCAAGGGCAAUGCCCACCAUCAUUUGCCUGACAGGCGUGGAGUUCCAUCCGGCUAUGAUUACGACACCUCCAACCCAAUCGAGACUCGCAAAUACCUACGUACCUACGGCCUCACCCCUCCCGCCGUCGAGAGCUUCGCCAACCAAAGCAAGAGAUGCAUGGCAAUUCUACAUUCUCGCAAGACCGAUAUCGAGAAGUACCAGUACCUCUCAGUGUUGAGGAAUACCAACGUCCACCUCUUCUACCGUCUGCUGUCUGAGAACGUCAAGGAAAUGACUCCACUCAUCUACACUCCUACCGUGGGCGAGGCCUGCCAACGUUGGUCCGAACUCUACACUCAGCCUGAAGGCCUUUACCUCUCCUACGCAGACCGUGGCAAUCUUCACUCUGUCAUUCAGAAUUGGCCCCAUGAGGUUGAAAUCACUGUCGUAACUGAUGGCUCUCGCAUCCUCGGCCUUGGUGACUUGGGUAUCAACGGAAUGGGAAUUCCGGUCGGCAAGCUCUCUCUCUACACCGCAUGCGCCGGUAUUCACCCACUUCGAACCCUCCCGCUCUGUCUUGACUUGGGUACUUCUAACGAAGCCUUCCGCAAUGACCCUUUAUACCUUGGCAGCCGGAGRGACAAGGUCUCGCCAGAGGAAGAGAAGGCCUUCCUUGACGAGAUGAUGGCUGCUCUCACCGAGCGCUGGCCAAGCAUCGUCAUUCAGUAUGAGGACUUCAAGAACCCCUUCCCUUCACUCGAACGCUACAAGGACACGUACACUAUGUUCAACGACGACAUCCAAGGCACGGGAGCCGUCAUUACAGGCGGUUUCAUCAACGCCGUCAAGCAGUCUGGUGUUGCCCCCGGUGACCAACGUGCCGUCUUCCUCGGUGCAGGAUCUGCGGGUGUUGGUGUCGCUAAGCAACUCACUGAGUUCUUUAUGAAGGAGGGCCUCAGCGAGGAUGAAGCCCGCAAGCGCUUCACUCUGGUCGACUCCCAGGGUAUGGUCACUCUCGACCGCCCAGGCAAGCUGGCUGAGCACAAGGUCUACUUCGCGAGGGAUGAUAACCAUGGCAAGCAAUUCAAGACACUUGCUGAGGUUGUGGAUUAUGUCAAGCCGACAAUUCUGAUGGGCCUCUCUACCAUCGGUGGAGCUUUCACACCAGCGAUCCUCGAGCGUAUGGCAGAGCUCAACGACCGCCCAGUCAUCUUCCCACUCUCGAACCCUUCCAGCAAGUCCGAGUGUACAUUCGAGGAGGCCAUCAGGUACACCAAGGGCAAGUGUCUGUUCGCAUCUGRAUCGCCGUUCCCAAAACUCAACUACAACGGCAAGGAGUUGGAGCCAGGUCAGGGCAACAACAUGUAUGUUUUCCCCGGCAUUGGCCUGGGAGCAAUCCUCUCAAAGUCUGUCAACGUCACACAAAAUAUGAUCUACGCAUCUGGAGAAGCGUUGAGCACUUCUCUGCUUCCCAGCGAGGUCGCCGACAACUGGCUCUACCCCAGCAUCUCCCGUAUCCGCGAGGUCUCCGUCGUCGUCACCCGCGGUGUGAUCCGUGCCGCACAAGAAGAUAAGGUCGAUCGUGAGCUUGCACUAAGGAACAUCUCCGACGAAGCCCUAGACGAGUACAUUCGCACGAGAAUGUAUGACCCGCACACCGAGCACAAGAAGGUCGACGACGAGAUCAACGAGAUCGCGCGGUUCGCCAGUCAAGCAAGUGCUGGAGCGCCGAAUGGGAUGAAACGCACGGCGAUGCUUUGA